UUGGGUUAAUUUGAGAAAAUGGAAAACAAAGGGUAUUUUUUAAUUAAAAAGAUAUUGUAAUGACUGUUUUAGCCUUGAUCUUUUGGAUAAGCCUUUGUGCCAGUGAGUAGUGUGUGUUGAGGCCGAGAUUCUUGGGAGUUUGUGAGUUGCUCAGGAAGUAAGCCCUCUAAUCGAAUAUGUCAGGGGCUUUCCCUUGCAACAUUGAAGAAAAUGAAUCUGCUAAGAUUUUCUUCAUGAUAUUACACUCCAGAGCUCUUCUAAAUAAUGCACACUUGCACAGGAAGAUGGUAAACCCCUUCCUUGGUAUUAUCUAGCAUCAUUUACUAAAAGGAGGCAAAUGAUGAUGAGUUGCACAUGUCCUGUAUGAUGAGUUGUGUUUUCUCUUCUCUAAAAGGAGGCAAAUGAUUGCUGAAAGUUAUAUCUUGUGUCUUCUUCCACUUAACAGAUUAAGAUUUGAUGUAAUAGGGAGAAUCAACCGUUACACAAAUACGCAACUUUCUAAAUUUUAAAAUGUUCCCCCUCUUUAUUUUGAUUAAACACCUUGAUAUAUGUACAUAUGUGUUCCACUGUCCAUUCUUCAAUGAAGAAAGCAAGGUUUCACAUUGCAUAUAAUUGUAUGAUUAAUGAGAGAAAAUUUAUGAAUAAUGACACACACAGGUGAUAUCCUCCAAUACUUGACCAGCACGAUUAAGAGACGAUCGCUGCUUUGCGUAUUUAGUGGAUGUAGCUCAGCCUUGUGGAAAUUUGUAGAGGAGGAUGACAUUAAUCCUUGUUGCAAACAUGUGUUCCAUUAUAAGUUCCAAAACAGAUGAACGGAUCAAAAGAUUUGAUAUCGAAGGUAGACUGCAAUCCAGGUCUAAUAUUGCACUGCCUCCUCUGGAAGCUUCAUCAAGUCGCAGGCAUCUUUUAGUCGGUGUUGGCACUUCAUUGGUUACCUUGACAUGUUGUGGUUUAUCACCUUUAAUGGUAUGGGCUGAAGAGAAGUCAGCUGACAAAGAGGAAGAAGAUAAAAGCAUCAUUGGGGCCAUCAAAUCAUUAUUUUAUCCUAAUGAAAAAACAAAGUCUGGAAUGGUGUUGCCAAAGGCAUACUUAAAGUCAGCGAGAGAGGUAGUGAAAACACUGCGGGAAUCUUUAAAUGAAGCCCCUGAUGACAUUGCCAAAUUUAGACGAACUGCAGAUGCAGCAAAGGAGUCAAUUCGUGAAUAUUUGGGCAGUUGGAGGGGAAAGCAAACUGUUGUUCAAGAAGAAUCAUAUGUAAUUUUGGAGAAAGCAAUCAGAUCUUUGGCAAACUUUUACUCAAAGGCAGGACCUUCAGCCCCAUUGCCGGAGGAAGUUAAGUCUGAAAUAUUAGAUUAUCUAAAUACAGCUGAAGAAUUUUUGUAGAAAAGCUUUCAAUAGGUGUUAUAGAAACAACUACAUUUCAACCGCCCUAGAUGCUAGAUGGCGUUUGAUUCUGUAAAUUUAUUCUUCGUUAAAAUUCAAUUUUGUACGAAAAACUUGAUCAAACUUUUUUCUUCCUUGCUUUCAUUCUUUUAUGUGUGAAUUUUACUCCGCUAGGUUUGGUUGAUGACAAGUAAAAAGAGAAAGAGCAAGACACUUUCUUAUCC